UUGUCAUUUUAAGGGGACUGUGAAACUGUGCCAGUGCGUAUUUGAGUCUGUGGGUAUUUUAGGAAAUCCCCAAGAUAAUAAACACAGAGACUGCUGUAGGUUAGUGCAGUGAUUCCCAACCAUUGGUACUUGUACCUCAAGGGGUACUUCUGCAGUUACCAGGGGGUAUGUGGAAAAAUUGUGAAGCUCAGCUAAUUUGAAAAAAUAGAAAUUGUGAUUUGAUGAUAUAUAUCCACAUAUUUGUGUUUAAGAGAAAAACAAACAAGUAAGAUUACAAAUGUGUGAUGGUGAUCUUUAUAGUUAUUGUCACAAUAACUUUCCAACUAUGGUAGUUUGUACAAGACAUGCCUCAGUUUUCCACCAACCUGAGUCAACUGUAAGUUGAUUAAGACUGCAGAAAAACUAGUCAGUAAGAAGACAACAAAAAGCUAAAAGUAAAGUUACUGUAAAUGGUUGAAACAACCACUUUCUGUCACUCCAAAUGGCAGACGUACAAAUGCAAACUUGGCCAAAACUACUAAAAAAUACCAUUGAACAAUAUCAUAAAGCCAUCCCAUCUGAUAGGGCUGUGGGGGUACGUCAGACAAAAAAGGUUGGGAACCACUGGGUUAGAGGGUUGCUUACUCAGCCUCUCACUCUGCUGAUUGCAAAGAACCCAAUACCAUUAAUCAUACACAUGGGAAAUCACUCCAGAUUUCAUGGUAGUCCCAUGUCCUGUCACUGCUGCGGUGCACCACACCCUAAAAUUUUGGCAGCAAGUAGGAUUUUUAAAAUACGCUAAAGAAAAUAAAUGGUAUUCUUCCGGAUUGUUUGUGCUCUCAACCAUCUCUUACAUAACCAAAUGUGAUUUUCCACGCUGCCUUUAUUGGCCUGCCUGAUGUAACCGAAGCAUUGCAGUGACCUGAGUGGCGUCAUGCCAUGUUGAGCUGUCUGCCCAAAGCCCUUCAUAGUCAAUAAAAGGAGUUCUGUCUGCCAAACAAUCUGUGUUUUUUCACUCAGCAAAGUCUGAGAAAACUCUGGCGAGGCAUUUGACUGCUCAUGUGGAAGCCAGCUCCAGUCAUGUGCUAGCCCCUCUCUGAUCAGUGCCUAAUGAGUGGGGAGGUAUGACGUCCUGCUAAGCCUGUGUGAUGGUCCUGCGCCCUCAGACUGAAAACUGCAGCUUAGGUUGAGCACUCAGCUGCACAAUGGUUGACGGGGACUAUGACUAUCUGAUCAAGCUGCUGGCACUGGGGGACUCCGGGGUGGGAAAGACCACCUUCCUCUACAGGUACACCGACAACAAGUUCAACCGCAAGUUCACAACCACAGUGGGCAUUGACUUCAGGGAAAAGAGAGUGAUGUACACAGGGACAGGUGCUGAUGGGACGACCGAGAGGAACUUCAAAGUCCACCUUCAGCUGUGGGACACAGCGGGACAAGAGAGGUUCCGCAGCCUCACUACAGCUUUCUUCAGAGACGCCAUGGGCUUCCUGCUGAUGUUCGACUUGACCAAUCAGCAAAGUUUCCUCAACGUCAGGAACUGGAUGAGUCAGCUACAGGCCAACGCGUACUGUGAUAGUCCAGACAUCGUGUUGGUGGGCACCAAGGCAGACCUCCAAGACGUGAGGGAUGUUCACGCCAGACAGGCCAGAGAUCUGGCAGACAGAUACGGCAUCCCCUACUUUGAGACGAGUGCAAUGACGGGUGUUGAUGUGAACCAGGCAGUGACUGCCCUGCUGGACCUGGUGAUGAAGAGGAUGGAGCAGAGCACUUACGGGGGCCACAGCUCUGAACCCAACGGCAGCCCCGUCGCCAGCCAUGAAGUGGAGGAGGCCCCUGUCAGGAGGAGGUGUGCCUGCUGAUGUUGCCACCAGCAGCCACUCUUUUCAUAUUCGCCCCAAUUAACACUGCAUUUUUUAAAUGCUACAGUUUUCUGCUUGACUAGGGUGCCUGCUAGGUGAGGCAGAAGAUCAUUUGAGAUUGUAAAAUCAAUUAAAAUAUGAUCCAUACUUGAGAGGACUAGUGCUUUGGAAAUCUGGCCCAUUUCACUUAAAGGGACAGUUCACCCCAAAAUCAAAAAUACAUAUUUUUCCACUUACCUGUAGUGCUAUUUAUCCCUCUAGAUUGUUUUGGUGUGUGUUGCAGAGUUUUGGAGAUGUUGGCCAUAGAGAUG